UGUCGACCACUACUUUCAUUCUUGUAUAUAUCUAGAUGUAACACUUUGUGAGCUCAUAAUCUUCAACUUUGUAGACAAUCAAAGCUUAAAUCAGGAACGCAUGAAUCCAGAAAUCUUCUUAGAAUCCAUAAAAUCUAACUUUGUGCAAUAAAUUUUAUUUUUGACCAUAAUGGAUGUUGGGGAUAUGUGUUCUAUCUGCUUCCUAAAUCAAAUGAGUAUAGCUUAGUGAUUGUAGUGAUGAGUUACUUCUCGUUGUACGUUGACUAUUGAGUAGUAGUAACCUUCUAACGGACAAGGAGGGUCUCUCUACUCGCUAGCCUAGUGACGUGUUGCACUUUAAUUAGAAGACACAAAAUAAAAAAACUUUCUAAAAAUAAUAAAAAAAGAAACCUUCGAUCGUACUCAGUAGGGGAAAUAGUAAUCACACACGAUAGGAUUGAGACUCUCUACUUGUUUCCUCAAAUCCGUUUACGCCAUUGAAGAUCUCACUUUCCUUCAUCACUACUCUUGAUUCAACCCCAUUUUUAAGAAUCAGCAUCAAUCAUCAAUCAUCAGAGGAGAAAGUUGAGAUUUUUAAUCCUCAUUUGCCCCAGUCGGUGCUUCUGAGAUCUCGCUUUAUCUAUAAGAGCUAACAACAAUGGCGGAUCGGAUCGAGAUCUCGUUCCUUGAAACUUUCAUUUGCAGCGCUUUCGCUGCUUGUUUCGCAGAGCUAUUUACUGUACCUUUGGACACAGCCAAAGUAAGGCUUCAGCUCCAAAGAAAGAUCCCCACUGGAGACGGUGAUAGUUUGCCCAAGUACAGAGGCUCUUUCGGUACUUUAUCCACCAUUGCUAGAGAAGAAGGUAUCUCUGGGCUUUGGAAAGGUGUUAUUGCAGGUCUUCAUCGUCAGUGUAUCUACGGUGGUUUAAGGAUUGGUUUAUAUGAGCCUGUCAAGACGUUUUUGGUUGGAAGUGACUUUAUUGGGGAUAUUCCACUUUAUCAAAAGAUUCUUGCAGCUUUGUUAACAGGAGCUAUAGCUAUUAUAGUGGCUAAUCCAACCGAUCUUGUGAAAGUUCGGCUACAGUCGGAAGGAAAGUUACCGGCUGGGGUUCCUAGGCGUUAUGCUGGAGCUGUAGACGCUUAUUAUACCAUUGUGAAGCUUGAAGGAGUUGGUGCGCUGUGGACAGGGCUUGGUCCUAAUAUAGCAAGGAACGCUAUUGUAAACGCUGCAGAGCUAGCUAGUUAUGAUCAAAUCAAGGAGAUAAUUAUGAAAAUUCCGGGAUUUGGAGACAGUUUUCUAACUCAUAUGUUAGCUGGUUUAGCUGCAGGAUUCUUUGCUGUCUGUAUAGGUUCUCCAAUUGAUGUGGUGAAAUCUAGAAUGAUGGGAGACUCUACUUACCGAAGCACAAUCGAUUGCUUCAUCAAAACCAUGAAGACGGAGGGAAUCAUGGCAUUCUACAAAGGAUUCCUACCGAAUUUUACACGACUAGGAACUUGGAAUGUUGUUAUGUUCCUCACACUAGAACAAGUGAAGAAAGUGUUUCUAAGAGAAGUCUUGUACGAUUGAUUCCGUAAUUCCUCGUUUAAAAAAACCAUACAUUGUUGUUACAUAUAAAUUGAUUCUAAAAAACCUCGAAUUGUUAGAGCAUAUAUUAUACAUACUGAAUGAAACAGCAGGCGGGUUACAUGUCCCACAACGCCUAGAUGUGAGUGAGGUGUAUGAUAUGAAAUAUUGAAUCAUUCCUAUCCAACUUUGAUUUUCCUUUUGCAA